AUGCAGAAGAAGACGAUCCUUAUCCUGGCGACGGUGCUCGUCGCCGUCGCCGUCGCCGUCAUCCUCGCCGCCAGAAAAAAUGUGACGGCCGACGACCUCCUCGCGACGACGGCGCCUGGCUUCAACACGCCGACGCCCGCGCCCACGGCCAACCCUGAGACGGACCCCGCAGUCAUUACGAUGCUCGCGAUUGGCGACUGGGGCAGUACGACGGGCAAAAUCUCGUCGACGUCUGCCAAGGGCGAGGGCCCGCCGGGCUCGUGCUGCAAGCUCUACGAAGACAGCACUGUCGACACGUCCCGUCAGCGCUACAAGGUGGACUAUUUCUCCCAGCUCUACGUCGCCGACAUCAUGGCCAAGUCGGCUGGCGCGCUCAAGCCCAAGCCGUCGCGCAUCCUCGGGCACGGCGACAACAUCUACUGGGACGGCGUCGGGCCCGGCGACAUUCAGUACCGCAUGGAGGAGACGUUCGAAAAGAUGUACAACCAGCCUGAGCUCGCCGGUAUCAAGUGGGUCAACGUUGCUGGCAACCACGACAUUGGCGGCUCCGAGUUUAUCUGCGGCGAGAAGGACAACGCGUUCCGCAAGUGCGACGACACGGCCGAGAUGCUCAAGUACCUCAAUCUCAAGUUUUCGCUGCAGCAAAAUUACCAGAGCCCGAACGGGAACCGGUGGCUCAUGAAGGACCACUACUACAUUGAGACGGUCGAGAAGGACGGCGUGACCGUUGAGAUUUACAACCUCGACACCAACCACGCCGAGUCGCACGGCGCCGACCAGGUCUGCUGCCAGUGCUUUGGCUACGCGCGCUUGUUUGGCGUCAAAAACUCCAAUUCCGAGUGCAAGAACGUGGGGCCCGGCAACCGCCUCUGCGCCGGCGGUGACCUCGGCAUGUACAAGGCCUGCAUGGAGACGAUCGAGAAGUGGGGUCAAGACUCGAUGGACGGCGCGAUGCGGGACUUGGCGGCCUCGAAAGCCGACUUCAAGAUCAUCAACACGCACUAUUCGCCGCAUUUUCACAUGUCGCCCGCGCGCAUGAUGCGCUGGUACAACGUGACGCAGAAGGCCCACGUGCACGCGUGGUUCAACGGCCACACGCACGGCUUCAACCACGACAUUGCCAAGUGGGGAACCCACUUUUUCCAGAAUGGCGGCGGCGGUGGUAUCGUCACCGAGGCCUCGACGCCCGGCAACAACGAGUUUCUCAACCCGAUCUGGGUCGCGGGCGGCAACCCGUACGGCUUUAUGGAGCUUAGCUUCUCGAAGGACUGGCUCAAGGUGCAGUUUGCGACCUUUGACAAGUCGUGGAACUUUGGCGGCUUCAACCUCGCGGCGACCACCCGCGGCGGCGUUGCCAAAGGUCACUGCUGGUACAUCCCGCGCACGCAGGGCUCGACCGGUGUCAAGUGCAGCGACUCGGUGGAUACGCCGAUCGGCAUGCCCAUUUAAGACACAAUAAAGCAUAGCAGGCUGGCUUCUCAUCAAGAGAACGAUUUUUGACAAAAAAUUUCUUA